AGUGGGCGGUUCCGGCUUCUGCAGGGCCCCGGGAAGGCCGAGGUGCUGCAGGCCGGAGAAUCCGCGCUGGUCCCGGGCUUCUGCGAUCUGACAUGGCCCUGAGGGAGCUGAAAGUCUGCCUGCUGGGGGACACGGGUGUGGGGAAAUCGAGUAUCGUCUGGCGGUUUGUAGAAGACAGCUUCGACCCCAAUAUCAAUCCAACUAUUGGGGCUUCUUUCAUGACCAAGACCGUACAGUACCAGAACGAACUCCAUAAGUUUCUUAUAUGGGACACGGCCGGACAAGAGCGGUUCCGUGCCUUGGCUCCAAUGUAUUACAGAGGAUCGACGGCGGCCGUUAUAGUAUAUGACAUUACUAAGGAGGAAACAUUUUCAACGUUAAAGAACUGGGUGAAGGAGCUUCGCCAGCACGGGCCCCCCAACAUCGUGGUGGCAAUAGCUGGAAACAAAUGUGACCUGAAUGAUGUCAGGGAAGUGCUGGAAAAAGAUGCAAAAGAUUAUGCUGACUCCAUCAAUGCUGUGUUUGUGGAGACAAGUGCCAAGAACGCCGUCAACAUUAACGAGCUAUUCUUAGAAAUUAGUAAAAGAAUCCCAUCAGCCAAUGCCAGUGCCACUUCCGGAAAGGGAUUUAAGCUUCGAAGGCAAUCUUCAGAGGCGGAGCACCGAUGCUGCUGACCAGAUGGAUACGUAGAAGGGACUGUUUGUGAAUGUGCCUCCACCGGUCUAGUUACCACUAUGCACACAGUGUGUACGCUUCCUCCGCUGUAAGCUUUCCACAGAAAGGGAAAAUGUGUAGAUGCCGUCCGUCUAUUUUUUUGUUCUGUUUUGUUUUUAUACUAUAGAUUAUAAUUUUUUUUUGGUACUCCUGCUGUAAGGAUCUCUGUUCUCCUUACUUAACCCAGAGCUCCAUCGCUCAUCUUUCCAUAAUUGUCCUCUAGGAGGACAUGGAUGCCACACAGGUGGAAGGUUGGGGAUUUCUUGUAGCCAUUCCAAUAUUCAUA